UGUCACUCAGCAUCGGUGUUGAGGUAAGAGGGUUCUGUCCCUGGGUGCCGAAUGCAGCCAAGGCUGGAAGCGGAGGCGAACUUUGAUGCGUUAUUAUCACAGCAGCUACAGUCCUGUAAUUUUUUGGUUUUGAUGUUUAAGAAGGCCAUGAUAGAGAAAAGCAGUGAAAUCUGUCCGGGUUCUGUUGUUUCCUUGGCUCUCUACGUGGUCCCGCGGCUGUUUGGAUAAAGAUAUUACCGUAGCCUGACUUGCUGACCGUAUAUUGAAGCCCUUGAUGUUUUCUCUGGGUAACUCUUUGCUUACUCACGUUUAAGGGCAUUAAAACGUGUCGCUGCUCCUUGUGUUGUCCUGGAGAGCGGGAAGAAUUCACUAUUACUCCGUGAAUAGUAAGCUGUAGUUCAGAUGGCCUCGACCAGGUCGCUUCGAGUCUUUGUGCCUGAGGUGAAGUUUGGCCACUGCCGCCUCCUCACUCCCCAGCUUGUGACGGGGUAUUUGGUGUGGGCCGGAGGAGAGGUGGCCCAGCACGAGCCUCAGCACGGUCAGGGAAACGGUCACAGGUGUUUUUUUUUCAGAAGAAACCUUUCCCCUGGUGUUAAAACUAAGAAAUUCUGGGAGUACUCCUUAGGGACGUCUUAAUUUGGGGCCAAAAUAAACUCUCAAGCUCUUAUUUAACUAGUCCUCCUUCCUGGGGUUACUUUCCUGAAGGCCAGCGUAAGAGAAGAGCUUUGCCUGCCUGCUCUGUGCUAUAUUUAAUAGCUGACGGAGUGGAGGGUAAGGGUUUAAUUACAGCAAUGUUGUGAUGUGGCUGCUGCCGUUCGACGCUGCGGGGCACUGUUGCCCGUGUGCUGUGCGCCUUGUGGAGGCCCUGACACCCACCGCGGGUGCAGGAUGUUAAAGCUCGGGGGUUCGCCUCGCCGCCGUGUCGCUUCGAGGAGGGCACCGUGCUGGCAGAGCCGAGCCGUAUUUGCAAAGCGCCCGCUGUCCCUGCCCUGGGGGAGCUGCUUUUUGUCCUGAUGAAGACCCCGCGGCGGCGAUGUGCGCAGAGCUUUGUACUUUACCAUGGCGUGGUGUCUCUUGGCUUUUUUUUGUUGUGGAGAUGGAAGAAGGCAUUGAGGCGCUGUGGGUCUGAGGUUGUGUCUGGCCGCAGUCACCUCUCACACUCUUCAGCGAGGAGCGGGAGCUUCCAGCUCCGGGCCAGCAUCUGUCCUGUGACCCAAAGCGUUGACAACAGCGAGUACAUGAGGAACGGAGACUUCUUACCCACUCGCCUGCAAGCCCAGCAAGAUGCUGUCAACAUCGUGUGCCACUCAAAAACCCGCAGUAACCCCGAGAACAACGUGGGGCUCAUCACCUUAGCCAAUAACUGUGAAGUGUUGACCACGCUCACUCCAGACACGGGCCGGAUCCUUUCAAAGCUACACACGGUGCAACCCAAAGGGAAAAUUACCUUUUGCACAGGGAUCAGAGUUGCUCACCUGGCUUUAAAACAUCGCCAAGGCAAGAACCACAAGAUGCGAAUCAUCGCCUUCGUUGGGAGCCCUGUAGAAGAUAACGAGAAAGACCUGGUGAAACUGGCAAAGCGUCUUAAGAAAGAGAAAGUCAACGUUGACAUCAUCAAUUUUGGAGAAGAGGAAGCCAACACGGACAAGCUGACUGCCUUCAUUAACACCUUAAACGGCAAGGAUGGCACCGGCUCCCACCUGGUGACGGUGCCGCCGGGGCCGAGCCUGGCCGAUGCCCUCAUCAGCUCCCCCAUCCUGGCUGGGGAGGGAGGUGCCAUGCUGGGCCUCGGCGCCAGCGACUUCGAGUUCGGCGUGGACCCGAGCGCGGACCCGGAGCUGGCUCUGGCUCUGCGUGUCUCCAUGGAGGAGCAGAGGCAGCGACAAGAGGAAGAGGCCAGGAGGGCUGCGGCCGCCUCUGCGGCUGAGGCUGGGAUCGCAGCCACUGGCGGGGACGAUUCGGACGAUGCUCUGCUGAAGAUGACGAUAACUCAGCAGGAGUUUGGCCGGGCCGGGCUGCCCGACCUCAGCAGCAUGACGGAGGAGGAGCAGAUCGCCUACGCCAUGCAGAUGUCCCUGCAGGGAGCGGAGUUUGCCCAGGCGGAGGCAGCAGAAGUGGACAGCAGCACAGCCAUGGAUACCUCCGAGCCCGCUAAGGAGGAAGACGACUACGACGUGAUGCAGGACCCCGAGUUCCUGCAGAGCGUGCUGGAGAACCUGCCGGGCGUGGACCCCAACAACGAGGCCAUCCGCAACGCCAUGGGCUCCCUGGCCUCCCAGGCCUCCAAGGAGAGCAAGGACAAAAAGGAGGAGGAGAAGAAAUGAGGGUGCCGGGCUGGGGCGCGCUGCCGCUGGCCCCGGGGGUGAGUCGGCCGCCUGCCCGCCGGGCCGGUGCCGGUGCCGGUGCCGGUGCGGAGCAGCGCCCGGCGGGGCAGGGGGUGGGUGGGUUCUGCUGUAACCGGGCAAUAAAGGCUUUCC